GGAAAAGAAUGACACGCACGUUUGUUUUGGUGCAUGGUUGGAAGGUGUGCAGAAGACUGUGAAGAAUGGGUAGUUUUCUUGGCGUUUUGUACUUAAUAGAAAAACGAAGAACGAACGGGAGAGACGAACGGGAGAGAAGAAAUUAAGCAUGACUGGGAUUGUGGGUUUAGGAGAGCACAUUAGGAUGCGUUGAAGAACGACGGGGCCUGAAGUGGAAGGAGAUGGCUGGACGGUCGUCCCGUGGGUCAAUGUCCCACUUCCUGAAUGCUGGUUUGAGGCGUGCUUUGCUGUGUGUUGGCUGCCAUUGACGAGGGGUGCUAUGAGCGGAGGUAUGUUUGCUGCAUUUGGAAUGACGCUAUUGGAGUUACUGUAUCUGUGGACGGUUGCGCAUGGGCAGUUAACGGGUCAUGGACAAACUGUUGCUAUGCGGAACACAGGCGCGGAUAUGUGAGGUAGUUUAGGAGGGAAAUCUAUAUUCCGUAUUGGACCUUGAGAGCUGAAGCGCCGCAACCGCCAUGAGAGUCAGAGAUAGGACAGGGUACGAACGGGCAGGACGGAAUCGAUCUCUUUCCCAUCCCAAGUGUAAAAGUGACAAUAUGCUGUAAGGCUUUUUGGCAAAGCACAUGAAUUGUAAGAACCCAGCACACGAGGAUAGGAGUCUAAGGCGCAUAGGAGUCUCAAUUUUAUUGGGUUUCUUCCUAAGCACCUCACGCAUGAAUAUAUAGAAAUGGCGAUAUUACGAUAAAUUCUCAGAGCCCUGAUAUAUAUUAUGGCAGCAGCUGCAGUGUCGUCGGUCGAGGAGGUCUUGAAGGCACGGGACACAGCGCGGCGAAUAAAAGAAACCUAUGAUGGGACGCUUGGUGUCCCUGGCGAGCUAAAGUCUCUGGGCCACCUCCUCGCGCACGACAAGGAGGCCAUUUUUACUGGUUUGGAAAGCCUGCCACAGUAUGCAAAGUCAAAGGUAUUACCGCCACCUCCGCCUCCGGACGUUACACCUGUCCAGCAUCGGCAUCGGCGCCAUCACCACCAUCCUGAAGCUAGCUUAGGUGCCAGCGUCUUCUCAUCAGCUCACGGGCUAGCUGCCCUGGCGGAGGGUUCACCUGCGGCGCGGACACCGGAAAACGGAACACCGCAUUCAUCCCGGCCUGCAUCUCCUCCGCUGCGACCGCUCCCUCCCAUGCCCGCGGCGGAAGCUUCCAACGACAAGGAACUGCUUUCCACCGCCACCGCUACAGCUCUCAUGGACAUCCGCCAGUGGGGCUCUUACGGCGGUCUCGCCCAGCACGUCACAGGCCGCCGCAGUCCCCACCACCACCGCCACCGCAGCCCCCACCACCAACCCUCGCAUCAGCAACAACAGCAGCCUCUCCGUACCAGUCAGGACCUCGGCAGUCCACAUCCCUCACCACCUCAGUCACCACCACCACCACUACCGUACCCGGGCCGCGCCGGGGAGGUGGCGGCGCUGCGAGGUAGGGGUAGUCCCAUGAGCUCCUCCUCCCCCUCCCCCUGCGACCCCAUGCGCACCAGUCAGGAGGGGCAGGAGGGGGUGCGGGGAGGCCGCAGCAGGCCACGACAGCAGCCCGCUUGGACAGCGGACGGAGCGCUGCGAGACACGUCUGCAGGCGGCGGUGCUGGUCCUGGUGCUGGUGCCCCUGCCCAGCAGCAAUCUGAGCAACCCUGGCAGAUGCGGUCUCCAGCGUCCUCACAUCCGGGUUGGUCUACACCCACACGAGGAGACUGCAGCGGCGGCGGUGGUGGUGGCGGUGUCAGCGGCGGCGGCACCAGCGGCGGCGCCAGCGCUGCAGGCGGCGGCGGCCGGGGGUUCUCCAGCGCCAUGACCAUGAGUCUGGACUCCUGGACGUGCGGUUACGCGUCACGAUCUGGAUCCGAAUCCGGAUCUGGGUCAGCUUACAGCGGCUCCGCUUGCAGCUCGGAUGCUGAGGCGGAAGGCGGUUGCAAGCAGCACCCACACCAGCACCGAUCCAGCCGCCACAGCCAGCCACACCAACACCAGCAGCAGCGGCGACCCAAGGCUCCUCCCCCGGGUAGCAUCAUGUCUCCUCAGGACUGGGCCCGCGUGGGGGCUCCGCAGGACUCGGUGGACGAGUCCAAGUUCGUGGCGCGGAGCUACUCGGUGCAGGUGGACUGGGAGCCGCACACGCUGACGGCGAAGCGCGUGGCGCGACCGGACAUAUUCCACAUCACCCCCGAGGAGGCCCACCGGCGGCAGAUGGAGGCGGACGAGGCCACCCUGGCUCUGCAAGCGCGGCGCAGGGCAGAGCGCCAAGCCGCCGAGCAUGCCGCCGAGCAGGAACGUCAGGCGCGCAUUGCGCAGCGAACGCCCCGGUACAACGGCUUUGGGGUGUUGCAUGGGGACCUGCCCUCCGCCGCCGCUCGGCCGCGUUACCUUGACUGGCAUCCGGCUGGUGUGGGCGGGCUGCAGCCCCUGCAGCAGAAGGAGAUGCAGCAGCAGCAGCUGCAACAGCAGAUGCUGUUACGUGGGUCGGUGAAUGGCCGGGGGACAACGAUGGCAGGAGGCGGAGGUGGAGGUGGAGAAGGCGGUUAUGUGGGGCCAGGGGCUCCCAGGUGUGCCUCGGCGCAUAGGUGCAGGUCGGAUGCGUCUGGGGGGGCGGCACCAGCAGGGAUGUAUGCGGGCAGCAACAGCGGAGGAGGCCAUGUGAUGAUGCGGUCUGCUCCGGCGUCGGCGAGGGUGCUGAAUCCCAAGCCCCACCCCGAAAUGCCCACCACCACCACCGCCCUGCCCGACGGCUUCAUCUACGAGGACCUCAGUGACGAUCCCGCUAACCCGACCGCCGACGGAUCCGCACCACCCCCCGUCUACGCCGUCCCCCGCCCCCACUCCGCCCUCCCCACCUACAGCUCCCCCUACCCCCACGUCCCCAAUACCUCCACCAACCCCGCCACCGCCACCAUCACCACUGCCCCCACCGUCUCCUCCUUCCUCGCGCCGCCCAGUCGACCCGCCGGCGUGUCAGAUGCACACUACGCUCAGAUCCUGCGGCAACAGCGCAAGUGGCUCAACGCGCCCGCGCAGCCGCCACGCCCCAUCUCCGCAGCUCCCCAACCCACGCCGCCCUCCAAGUUCUACGUCCGCCCGCAAUCCUCCAGACCCGUUCCGGAAGGCACCGCCGCACCCGUUCCCUCGCGACUUGCGGCGGCGGCGCAGGUUGCCGUACAGCGACCCAACUCCGCGUUGCGUACGGUUAUCACGGAACGUUGCGUGUCUAUGAACCAGCGGAAUGCAGUUCUAGGGGGAGGAGGUGGUGGUGGCGGCUCGAGGCCGGGAUCAGGGCAGUCGAGGAAGGAGGGCGGCGGCGGUGGGGGGUCCCGAGCGGGAACUGGGACAGGCGCGCGGCCGAUAUCUCCCGGCGCAGCAACACACGCAGCAGCAGCAGCUGGAGGUAGUGCUGCUGCUGGGGGUGCUGCGGGUCGGGGUGUGAGGCGGCCGUCAGGAGAUGCGGCAGAGGCAUGGGGCCGGCCUAGGAGCACUGCGGGGGGCUGCGGGUCCUCGGGCCCACGCAGCCGCCCGGGCAGUGCAGCGCAGCAGCAUCAGCAGCCGCAGCCGCAGCCGCAGCGGGAGGCGGUGGUGUUUGGGGAGACGGUGCCCCCCGAGGCGUGGAGUGCCGGGGGCGGGGAGGGGGAGCGGUACCCGCCCAGGAAGUUUGCGAUGCAUUCGGACAUGGUGGGGGUGAUGUUGGAGGGGUAUGCGAAUAGGGAGGCGGCGGGUGGGAGGGGCGCGAGGGGGUGAUGGCGGGGAGGGGGGAGGUAUUGUAGCAAGGAGGUGCAGAGGGUUGCAUGGUGUGGCGGGGCGGUGUCUUCUUUUGACGAAGUGCAUUAUGGUCAGUGUACUGUCCGGUUGCAUGGUUGCUGUUUGGUAACGUAUGCCGGAGUUGUGGGGCGUUGAUGCGGGUGUUGCUGUUGCCGUUGGAAACGCGACUUCCUGAAUUUAUCACAUAGGUUAGUAUUCAACGGCACGAAACUGCAGUGCUCAAGCGUGUGGGUGUUACCAUUAUGUUGCCAGGGGUACAAAGAGAAUGAAGACGGAAUGUUGGAAUGAUAUCAACCGGUUGGCUCUCCUCACUAUGAUACUACGUGUGCAGGUUAAGAGCAGGUAAUGCAGUAAGCCGGAUAAACAACUAUUAAGCGAUCAGGACUCUCCUUUUUUUAUGAGCCGCUUGCAUGUUGACCCCCCCCCACGCCCUUUAGCCAAGUUCCCAGGCAUCGUGUGACAAUAAACCUGACGGCGAGGUGGAACGUAUUGUGGCUGCCGUACUGUGAUAACCGCGUGUCGUACUGUGGCUUUGGAUGUCGCGGGUUGCCGCCUGCGUCAGAUAUGCGGUCUCGGCCGUUACGGAGUUCUCGGGACAGGCAGGCUCGCUCGGGCUUUACUGGUACUUUCAUGUGCUGUAGCACGGAUGUGUUGCAAAGGAUACGGUAGCUCGAGUUCGGUCGGCUUACUGGUAAAACGUGCGUUUGGAUGGACGCUGCAACCCCGGGCGGGAGAGUGAGGCUGUGUGUUACAAAAGGGCGCAGCGGGAGGGGUGCAGCAAAAGCCGGUGUUGAGGGCAU